AUGGAUUGCAUGAAGGCGGUAAUUAUUGGCGCGGUGCUGAGUGUCGCGGCGGCGGAGCGGCGCUUCCCCGCCGGGUUCAAGUUCGGCACCGCCACCGCCUCCUACCAGUACGACAAGGGCGAGAGCAUCUGGGACCGGUUCGUGCACUCCCGGCCCGAGGCCAUCAGCGACCGCAGCACUGGCGACGUCGCCUGCGACUCCUACAACCUGUGGAGGGAGGAUAUACAGCUGCUCGAGGACCUUAAUGUAGACUUCUACAGAUUCUCGAUCGCCUGGCCGCGAGUGCUGCCGACCGGGUUCCCGAACCGCGUGAGCGAGGACGGCGCGCGGUACUACGGCGACCUGAUCGACGGGCUGCUGGCGAGAGGCAUCGAGCCCGUCGUCACCCUGUACCACUGGGACCUACCCCAACCGCUGCAGGACUUGGGAGGCUGGGCCAACCCGCUGAUCUCGGAGUGGUUCGCGGACUACGCGCGUGUGGUCUACGACCUGUACGGAGACCGCGUCAAGACCUGGGUCACCAUCAACGAGCCCACCGUCAUCUGCGACAUUGGGUACGACGGCCUUGUCGCGCCGGGGCUGGAGUCCGAGGGGCGCGGCUCGUACCUGUGCACGAAGCACGUCCUGCUCGCGCACGCGAAGGCCUACAGGCUGUACGAGACAGAGUUUAAGCCCAAACAUCAAGGGCAGGUGUCGCUGACCAACCAGUUGAUGUGGUUCGAGCCUGAGACCGAGGCGGAGGCCGAGCUCACCGAACUCGUUAAAGCCCUUUCGAUCGAUCGUUACUGCCACCCGAUCUUCUCCGGGGCGGGGGGCUGGCCGCCGGCGCUGGAGCGCCACGUCGCAGAGAAGAGCGCGGCGGAGGGCGAGCCGCGCUCCCGGCUGCCGCCCUUCACGGGGGAGGAGCUCCACCUGCUUAGGGGAUCGUACGACUACCUGGGCCUGAACCACUACACGACGCGCACGGUGCGGCGCGCCGCCGCGGGCGAGGCGGUCGGCACGUAUCUGUUCGACGGGUUCCGCGAGCUGGGCGUCGCGCUCGGCGCCCGGCCCGAGUGGCCCGCCACCAUGUCGCACUGGUUCAUGGUGCACCCCGAGGGUUUCCGCGCCCUGCUGUCCUACGUGAAGCGGCAGUACGGAGACGUGCCCGUCUUCAUCCUGGAGAACGGGCUGUCCGACGCCGGCACGGACCUGGACGACCAGCCCAGGGUCGACUACUACAGGAACUACUUGGAGCAGGUGUUGCUGGCCAUAGAGCAGGACGGAGUGAACGUGGUCGGCUACACCGCCUGGUCGCUCCUGGACAACUUCGAGUGGAUGGACGGGUACCAGUCUCGGUUCGGGCUGCACCACGUGGACUUCUCGUCGCCGCUGCGCACGCGCACGGCGCGGCGCUCGGCGCGGUACUACGCGGCCCUCGCGCGCACCAAGGACAUCCACGCCGAAUACGAGUUCCACAAGAUGGCCGCCGAGUUGUAGACAA